GCGGGCCCAGUCCUUCGACCGCGCCGCCGGCGCCGCUGGUGGCCACUGCUUGGCGUGCCACACGGCCAACUUAGGCCACGCCCGCCACCUUCGCUCCGGAGACUGCGUGGGUUUCCCUGGAAGCUCGUUCUACCGCCGACAGGAAGCGCCAGCGCCAGAGCCAGCUCAACCACUACCAGCCCUGCAGGAACCAACCGAGGCACAGACCUUGGACGACAAGGCCGCAGACGACGCCACGAAACUCACGCCGCCGAGCUCUUACAACAGUGCCUACGACGGCACCGCAUACGGCAACGAGCUCAGCGACGCGAUCCAGAGUUUGACGUCGGUGGUGGAGGGCUUGUCGACUACAGUGAAGAACCUUCAAGAGUCGGUCGAACGUCUCAGUGGCAGAGUAGAGCAGGUAGAGUUCGAAUUGGCUUUCUGGCAGUCUGUUCAGGUUCAGGACGAGCUCCCCGACAGCAACACCGCACCACACCAAGCAGAGUACUACCAGCUGAGUGCCAGCGGCACGCCGCGCAGCGCGGCAGGCCGGCGCAGCGAUCCCGAUCCGAGCGCCGAGUGGUACGACGCGCCGGCGAGGGAUCAGAGCCCGAUUUUUGGGGCAGGAAACGUGGCCGACGACUUGUUGGCCAUUACAGAGGGCCAGGGGGCCCGGCAGCCGCAGGAGCUGCCACCGCAGCCAUCCACCGCACCUACGGCGAGGCUCCCGCUGCAGGCGCACAUGCUAGCCAUGUUGGCCACGAUGGCUGCGAGGGUGGAUUCUCUCGGGGCCGCAGUGCAGCAGGCUGUGGGCAUACCAGCUACUUCUGUGGCGUGCACUGGCACGGUGGGAACGGGAGCCGGAGAGUCCCCUGACAGCGAGGAGCUGUUGUUCCCGAUAUGUCUCUUGUGGAUCACGCUGAUCAUCCGGGUCAAGCCGCUGAUGACCAUGAUUGUAAUGCCGGAGCACUUCAAGAUGAACGUGGUGACGCUGACGCAGACGUGGACGAACCUUGCCCUGAGGCGCCUGCGCUGCGACGGAGGCCAUGUCGAUCUCCUGCACAAGGAGGCGCUGCAGCAACUGAUCGACAAGGAGCCGGAGAAGCGGAUCGUGCCGACCCAGGAGGUCGCGAAGAGCGUCGGGGCUGAGCUGAUGAACUGGAAGCUCGCGGCGGAGGCGGAGUUGACCGGCAACUUCUUCGGCAUGGGGGCUUUCCACAAGACGACCCCUGACGAGCUCCGCGCCACUGGAACGGGGAGACGCUCUGUGUACGACUCUGCGACCACCCGGAAGGUCAUCGAGUCUUGGAGUGACAAGCCUCCGCCUGACCAGACCAUGUCUCUCAAGACAGCAGUGAUUGAGUACCCCAUGAUGUGUCCGAACCUUGAGAACGACGAUCCGCUGUGGGGGGAUAUUUUCAAAUUGCUGUACGCGAAGUAUUCGCCGGACAAUUUUGACAGGUUGCCAGAGUUGCACAACAAGUACGGCGAGUGCAAGAGGGAUUGGUACGCCAUGUUCGUGAAGGCCAACCUCCUCGACAACGACACGCUGCGGGCUGUUCUGGGUGGUGUUCUCCAGGAGCAGACCUCAGAGGUCAAGGACGACCAGCAGGUCACGGCCACCAUCCCGGAGAGCGACGAGGAGGAGCCAGCCAAGAAGCGCAGGCGCGGCAAGAAACGAUGCCGGCCUGGAGCGAACGACCGCCGGGCUGCGAAGGCACAGAAGGCGCAGGACGACUCACAGAGACAGUCCACGGCUGCGGCCGCCGGAGCCGCGGAUGGGGGGAGCACGUGAAUCCUUUGAACCCCACGUUUCUGAGUGGUCAUGCGCGUCGCACCCGGAUCAGUGAGCAGAUUAGCAAUGCAGAAUCAUGUGCAUAGCAUCUUGAGGCAUGGUGUGUAUUAUAGUUCUGAUAAACUGUUUCGGCAUACGCGCGCUGGAGGCGCGACGCCCCGGGAGCUCUCGACCCCGUCCCUGCUUGGGUCGUUUCUUCUUUCCCUGGGCUCUCGACCCCUUCACGGGGUGUAGACGUCCGGAGACCUGUCGG